AUGUCAGCGGCGCGAGCUCUUCCCGAGUCCUGCUCUGCGUCCUCGGCCCACGCGACCUCCACGCCGGCGACCUCACGCACGCUUGUGGGCGCUCACCGCGCGGCGGGGUGCGGGCUGCCGCAGGGCUUCUGUAACGAGCAGUCUCGGGGGGUUUUGGGGGGUGUUCAGUCGGGAGGAGCGGUUGCUCUCUCGGCAGAGCCCCUCUGUGCAGAGGAGCCGCCUUGUUCACCUAAGUGCGGCGACGACGGCCGGUUGCUGCUGGGGCGCGGCGCCUCCCCGUGCAGGUUGCGCCGAAUUGAGACACACGAGUUGCAAUCGUUCCUUCGUCUUGCCCGCGGAGGCCCUGCUACCUCCACUUUCUCGCUGCUUUCCAGCGAAGUCUCCACCUGUGGGGACGAAGGCCAGCGCGGCGCGACCCGACGCAGCGGCGGCGCACCCGGACGCAACGGCGGCGCAGGAUCUUCGCUGUUUGCUUGCCAGCCGCGGUUUUCAAGUCUGUCCGGGGCUGCAAACGGCUGCGGCGGGCAGGAGGGCGCGGACGAAGUGGAUCCCAGUGGGGCGCUGACAGAGCGAGACGCGGCGGGGGUCCCGCCGUACAUGCACAUCGACCCGUUUCCGGUCGCUAGCGAAGAACGCUUUCCGGAAGGAGAGAGUCCUGCCGCGAAAACGGUCUGCGGCGGCGGCAACCAGGCGACGCCCUUUUCGCUGCCCAAGGAGGUGAUCGUUGCCAUCUAUAUGGUCUACGCCUUCCUCACGGGCUGCGUCUACUUUGGCUGGCCUUCGCUGGCCUACAUGCUUUUUCAGUCCGGCGCCUACAGCUGGCUCUGUGAGGUGGACGAGAACGGCAACUACGUGAACGACCUCCGCGGGAGCGCGGGGGCGGAAGGCGACGACGAAACCAAGUACUACAUCUGCGACAACCAGGACGCAGCCGUGUCGCCGCUGUUCACGAUUUGCUACGUCACCCAGACGCUGAUGAGCAUUGUUUCCGGCACGCUUCUGGACCAUGUGAGUCCGAAGAAGACUGCCAUGUUGGGACAGUUGCUGAACGCAGCGGGCUGGCUGCUGCUCGCGCUGAGCUCGAAGGAGUUUCCUGCCUACGCCGCCGGCAUGGUGUUCAUUGGCUUGGGCACCGACACGGGCUAUCUUCCGACGCUUCUUGUUGCGACUUUGUUCCCGGGGAAGCGCGCAACUGUCAUCACUCUGUUGGGCACAGCCAACACGUCCAGCUUCGCCGUGCCUCUGAUUCUCGCCAAGUUGUGGGGAAACGUGCUGCCCUCGUGGACGUUCUCGCAAAUCUGCGUCUUGUACCUCUUCGCGGGUCCCAUCUGCUGCUUCUUGCUGGCUGCACUCUUCAUCCCGUGGGUCGCGUACGGCAAAGCGCCCGCCGCUGCGAAGCCCGUGCUGCCUCCGCCGUCCGCGGUUACGCCCAACGGACAUGACAGCAAGAGGCCCAAGUACCGCGUGCAGCCUGGAAAAAGCACCUCGAUGUGCUCGUUUCUCGACGAAGCUCGUCAGGCGGGAUCCGAGAUCGACGCCGAGGCAGGUGUCUGGAGACAGGAGGGGGGGACGGGUGGCGUCGCGUCAAGCAGUCUGCAAGUCGACAGGGAGGACGCCGAGGCCGAAUCGCUUGGCCAUAGGCUGCCGCGGCCCUUUCGCUUCCGCUCUCGCAAACGCCGAACGCAGGAGGAGGGCUGCAGCCGCGAGCGGGCUCGCGUCGUGGCGGACGAAGCAGCCGCCGCGGAGGAGGCAGUGGGGGACUUAGCCGCGACGCGCGGAGACUUGGGCGAGGCCGGUGGCAUGAGACAAGGCAGACGCGAAGAGGAGAGCGAGUGCGCGACCUGCGAGGACGCUGUGAGCGCGGCGCGGUCGGCGGAGUCCGACAAGGAGGGCGGGCCCGAGUCCGACGCGUGCUCGCUGGGGUGUCUCCGCGCCCAGGAGACGAGCCGAAAGACUGCGCGUCCCAGCUGCGACUUUCAUUUGUCCUCCCAAACUUGCUGCGCGGAGAGAGUCCGCAGCCAUCACGACGACUCGGCAGACCGGGACGAAGUGCCGUCCAUUACGCGGAGCUGCUGGCCGUGUACGUUCUGCCGACGCAGAAACCGAGAGGCACAGCCUUUUAGAUUCGAACGAGACGGCGCGCCAUGUUUGGACCAUGACAGGGAAGGGAACGGGGAAGAGCUUUCGUUUUUAUCGCAACUGUGUUCGUCGCACUUUCUGUGCAUUGCGCUGUACUGGAGUUGCCAGGCCGUGGCGACCUCUUUCCUGCAGACAGCGGCCUCGCGGCUGUUCCCGACGCGCAUUGUAGAUUUCAUGGAUUUCGCCUUGUCCUUCAGUUUCAUCCCUUGUGUCCUUCUCGGGAAAACGAUCGAUGUCCUGGGGCCUUUUCCCGUGCUUAUUUUCAUCAACACGGCCGGCGCCGUUGCGUACUUCUUCUCCAUCUUUGGCAUGUUGUUCGCCCACGGCGGCGCGAGCACGCUGCAGUACAUCGCCGUCAUCUGCUUUUGCAUGUACGUCUCCAUUGACUCGGAGCAAGUUUUCUGCUACGUCGAGAACACAUUUUCUUCUCGCCACUUCGGCAAGCUUUCCGGUCUCGCCUUGACCGUGGGAGGCGUCAUUUCGCUCGGCUCCAUCCCUCUCUACGAGACCGUGACGAUUCGCAUGCUGAAGGGGAACCCGCUGCCAGCUGCGUGGUCGAUCGCCGCCGUCCUCGCGGUCGUCUACGUGAUGCUUGGAUGCAUGUGGUUCGUCCGGAGGAGGAAUCCGCGUCCUUUCCACCCUCGCGACCAGGCCGAGUGCGAGGCACUCCCCACGGCGGUGGAUGCGGACUGUGUGAAGGGCACCCCGCCGCCGCGGUCUUUUUUGGCGCUCUGCGGCCAAAAACUCGCCAACAAGUGGUCCAGCCGCGCAGGGGUUUCAAAGGGAGACGCGGUUCAAACGAGUAGAUGCGGGCGUGAUCUAGAAGAAGGAUCAGCGGCGGAGCAGGCGAACUGA